AUGAGGAAGGUGGUCAAUGGGGAAACUGCCAACUGGGAAGGAGAGGAAAGAGUUAGCAAGCGAGUGAAUAAAGAAACCUCAAGAAUGUGUGAUUCCAGCAAGUUUCCUGAAAUGCAGUUUUUCCAACAAGAAAAUGUGAGAAAAAUUCUUACAGAUGUUCUUUUCUGUUAUGCUAGAGAAAACGAGCAGUUGCUUUAUAAACAGGGCAUGCACGAGCUGUUAGCACCUAUAGUCUUUAUCCUUCACUGUGACCACCAAGCUUUUCUACAUGCCAGUGAGUCUGCACAACCCAGUGAGGAAAUGAAAACUGUCUUGAACCCCGAGUAUCUGGAACACGAUGCCUAUGCAAUGUUCUCACAACUUAUGGAAACUGCUGAACCUUGGUUUUCUACUUUUGAGCAUGACGGUCAAAAGGGGAAAGAAACACUGAUGACCCCCAUUCCCUUUGCUAGACCACAGGAUUUAGGACCAACAAUUGCUAUUGUUACUAAAGUCAACCAGAUCCAAGAUCAUCUACUGAAGAAGCAUGAUAUUGAACUUUACAUGCAUUUGAACAGACUAGAAAUUGCACCACAAAUAUAUGGAUUACGGUGGGUGCGGCUUUUGUUUGGAAGAGAGUUCCCUCUGCAGGAUCUUCUGGUGGUCUGGGAUGCCUUGUUUGCAGAUGGCCUCAGCCUGAGUUUAGUUGAUUAUAUCUUCAUAGCCAUGUUACUCUACAUCCGAGAUGCAUUGAUCUCUAGUAACUACCAGACCUGUCUCGGCCUUCUGAUGCAUUACCCACUCAUUGGAGAUGUACACUCACUGAUUCUUAAGGCUCUGUUCCUUAGAGACCCAAAGAGAAAUCCAAGACCAGUAACUUAUCAAUUCCAUCCAAAUUUAGAUUAUUACAAAGCACGGGGAGCAGACCUGAUGAAUAAAACUCGGAACAAUGCCAAAGGUGCUCCCCUGAAUAUAAAUAAGGUCUCUAAUAGCCUGAUUAAUUUUGGAAGAAAGUUGAUUUCCCCAGCAGUGGCCCCAGGAGGUGCGGGUGGCCCUGUACCAGGGGGCAACAGCAGUAGCUCCUCUUCUGCUGUGAUUCCCACCAGGACCUCAGCAGAGGCCCAGAGGCAUCAUUCGCAACAACAGCAGCAGCAGCAGCAACAGCAACAGCGGCUGAUGAAAUCAGAAAGCAUGCCAGUGCAAUUGAACAAAGGCGAUAUAGUUACAGGAAGCGAUGCUCAGGUUUCUGUUCCUGUCCAGACUCUAAUUGACCUCCAAGGGCAAAGUUCUAAAAACAUCAGUUCAUCUCCAAGUGCUGAGAGUUUGCCUGGGGGAAGAGAGUUCACUGGCUCCCCACCUUCAUCUGCUACUAAAAAAGAUUCCUUCUUUACCAACAUCUCUCGUUCUCGCUCACAUAGCAAAACCAUGGGCAGAAAAGAAUCUGUAAGUAUUGAAGGGCGGUUCUCUUUUUAUCCUUCAUUUUCCUCUAGGGUGCUGCACUUAUGAAAGCUUCUUUAGUGACCAGUUUUAUAAAGCUCUUAAAACUUUUACAGAUUAAAAUGAAUGAUUUCAUCAAAA